GAGCCCCGCAGUCAGUGCAAGCAAUCGGGAACAUAACAUCUCUGUUUAGGACCGAUCGUUAGCAGACCUCAUAGAAAAAUGAAGAUCGCAGCAGCAGUUGUGUUGGCGGUGGUGGUUGGUGUGGCAACGGCUGAAGGUUAUGGCCGCAGCCAGCAGUUCCAGGCAUCCGUACCAGUCCAAAGCAGCGGCGGCUACGGAAGCCAGAGCGUGAAAGUUACAGAAGCACCAGGCUACUUCACGACGUCCAGGUACGGUCCGUUCGUCAGCGGAGGUCUUCGCGGUCAUGGAGACAGAAGCAGCUCCCUGGCCUUCCAGAGAAAAGGCCAUGCCACCGGAUCGCUGUUCUCGCGAGAUAAUGCGGACGCAACUGAAACCGCCAAGAAAUCUCGCGGUUAUGAAUACAGAUACAGAGAGGGACACGAGUACACUCAGCCAAAGACCCUGUAUCACUACGACAUCGAGGAGCCCAUCUGGGGAUUCGCUGACGUCGACAACGUCUACAAAGGAAAUGGAGGACAACAAGCACAGACAGGCUAUGGACAGCAGCAGCCACAGCCACAGCCACAGCAGGGAUACGGUCAGCAGCAGCAGCAGCAGCAGCAGCAUCAGGGAUACGGUCGCCAAUAGGUGACUUUCCCAAUGCUAACGACGACACUAGAAUAUGCAUGAAAAGGAAACUGAACCUGAGAUGUAACGACGAAUUCUUCAAAUGAAGAACGUCGAAAACUAAUGAGAACGCCUCCUGGCAUGAGCGAGAUGUUGCGAACGUAGUUGUAAUUAUAGCAUAGUAUUUUUCUCUCAUUGAAAUGGCCUUGUACGUUGUCACAAUUGCUUAUACACCAUCCCCAUUACGCAUAUACACUACACUAUGCAUGUGCUAAGUCUGUGAUGUUUGGUUUUGUAAGAUAAACUUGUGUAUUAUAACUAAUAAAGCAUGACUGUAAAUGCAUA